AUGCUGCGCGGCCACAAUGUGCACGCACCUCGACACACCGUGGAUCUAUCAGAACUCGACGAUAAACACCAUCAGACGCCCCAUCAGCCACAUAAUCAUCUGCACAAGGCAUCGCACGAUCGACAGCUUGCAAUGCCCGAGAAUAGACAUGAUCCGGCUGAUGAUGACUUGGACUACGAAGACGACGACGAUGAUGAUGAUGAGGAGGUGCAUGGCAUUAAUCUGGCAGCCGAUAUGCUUAAUAAUACUAAAAAGGCCGAAGUCGAUUUUGUCUUCUUCAAUCGUGUACCCAAAGUGGGCAGUCAAUCGUUGAUGGAGCUGAUGCGUCGCCUGGGCAAGAUUAAUGGGUUCCAACAUGCUCGCAAUCCGGGCAGCACUAAGGAGACCAUCAUGAUGACCAAGGAUGGGCAACAGGAGCUCGUUGCCGAACUGUUGACACGCCAAAAGCCACACAUUUACAGUCAGCAUGUUGCCUACAUCAAUUUUACGCGUUUCCAUUUGCCACGUCCGAUUUAUAUUAAUCUGGUGCGCGAUCCCAUCGAACGCAUCAUCAGUUGGCAUUAUUAUGUGCGUGCAAGAUGGUAUUAUAAUGACAUGAAAGCAAAACUGGGUGAGAAUUCGAUUGCUAUGCCAUCGGAUGAGUUUCUCAAUCUCGACUUGGACACGUGUGUGAGGAACCAUGAUCCUUACUGCACUUUCACGCAGAUGGAGAUCAAGAAUCCGGUGGAAGCUGUGCAUGUAAGUAGGCACCAAAGUAGGCAAAGUACGAUAAGCGUAUAUCUAGUUACUCAAACUGCAUCAUUGGACUUUAGGCCCUUUAACUCGGAAAAGGCCAUGCAGAAGGCUAAGCACACGGUGGAGUCGGAGUACGCUGUGGUGGGCACCUGGGAAGACACGAAUAUCACUCUCACCGUACUCGAACACUAUAUACCUCGUUAUUUCGCCAAUGCCAAGGUGGCAUAUUAUUUGGGCAAGGAAGGUCUCUCGAAAAUCAAUCGCAAUAAUGUCACUCGCACUGUCAGUGAGGAGACCCGUCAGAUUCUUCGCAAGAAUCUGACAAAUGAGAUCGAGUUCUAUGAAUUCUGCAAACAACGGUUAUAUCUCCAAUAUGCUGCUUUGGGCAAUGGAAAACGCUUUGGCGAGGACGAUUAUCUUCUGGUGCCGGAGCAGCACGGUGGAAACCAAAUCGAUGACGAGUAUUAGACUGUAGUUCAACAAAAUAUGAAUAAAAAUCUUAGAAAUACUUAAGCGAUUAUGAACUCUUUCUGCUACACGUUGCCGUAUUUUUCGUUUUGGUGUUAAUUUAUGUAACUUCCUUCUUAAAGUUGGCCGUUGAGUUUAUUUGUCUGCAAUAUUGAGCAAUAUUCUGUUCUUUUCCAUGGAUAUAAUCUAUGAAAUGUGGUGCAAAACUUCCCUUUCAUCUUCCAAUCUUCAAGAAAUUUAUUAAUUUUAGGUGCGCCGUGAAGAUGUCUAAACUAAUUGAUUUGUUGGAAAAUAAUCUAUAGAA